AUGAUGAACCCUGCCACUGGCGCUGUGCCGCCUCCCAAUCCUUUGUUGAUGAUGCUCGCACCUUUUGGAUUUGGAACAGGUGCACCAGCAGCUGUGGUUAUGGGAGAAGCAAGAAGGAACCAAUAUUUGAAGCCGGAAUCUCAACAAAUUCCCAGUUAUCUGAAUCCGGCGUUUCCUGGAUUGAUGAUUAAUGGCGUUAACGAUCAUCAAAUCACUCCAUCUGCUGACGGCCCAGCUCUUCUUCAAGUUUCCGGAAUAGGUGACAGAUCAACCGAUGAUGGUCACUCGACUUCAAUUCAAAGAAUCGGCAAGGGACAAUUCAUUCUGGGCCCUCGUGUCUCAUUUUUGCCGGAAAACCAGCUGGAUCAGGAAAGUAAAAUAACCAUUCAAACGGAUGACGGUUAUACUAGCAAGACGUGGAUCCAAAACACAAACAGAAAAUUUGACAUCAAAGCCGUGCUGACGAAGGAUAACCGAAUGAGCUUGAGGAGCUAUAUUUCUGAAGCCUCGAGAAGAAGAACGUGGCAGAUAAAGGAAACGCUGGGAAAGCAAUCGAAGAAAAUGUUUUUCAUCCAUAUAAUGAGUCCGAUCGAGAUGAUUUUUGCUCUACAAAGAACCAACACGUCGAGAAAUGAGGAAAUGCCGCUUUUCUCAUUGAAGUUAUCUUAUCAGCGGAUAAGUCUUUACUUCCAAGAUGGGGUAAUCCGUCGUCGGUACACGUUCGACGUUCCAAAAUUCCAAAACCAUCCUUUGAAGAUCAAGGCAUACUUUGGAUCGGAGAAUGUGAUUGUCGAUCGAAAAUUGCUACAGGAAGCAAAAGAUCACUGGUUGAUGAAUUCGGAUCAGUAUGGCGUGAGGAGAGUCUGUGAAAUCGCGUGUAAAUCGCAAAACGUGUUGAGUUUAUUCCCUGAAAGAAAGAGGAAUACUACUAGAAAUGGAGACAGCAGUGCUAGUGUUUCACGGGAACCAUCUCCAGAAUGCACACCACAACCAGUCGCUCUUAAUCCGAGUAUGAAUGGUCUGUUGGGAAGAAGUCAAUUCUUGUCAUCGAUCCUCAACAAUCCUUCUACAAGUUUCCAACAACCUCAAAACGUUUUUACGAGUCUCCAACAUUUAGACCAACUUGAUUUACUCAGAAAUUUCCAACUGAGAUUUCUCCCAUUCCCCGGGUUUAAUCCUCAGUUUUUAUACAAUCAAGAGACAUCAGUUGGACAGGAUGUUUCCCCACCAAUAUCUGCUACACCUUCUGAUGGAGGAGUUGGAAAUUUCAUCCCAAUCAUUUCACAAAAUGGGCAACAGAUGUCAGAAAUCAAUGAGCUUGCUGCAAUGAAAUCACCUCCAGAAUCGCAAUUCUCUAAGAAUCCGAUCGAAACUAAUACUAUUUUCAAUGCCAGCGAUUCAACUGUAUUGCACAGUAUCACCAGCUUAUUACAAGGCGCGCAUACAUCAACUUCUGGCACCUCUCCAGCUUUUAAUGCUUCUUCAAAUGAACAUCAUGAAUCGAGAAUAGGUCUGGCAUCAUCAGUUCACGUUUCAGCUAAUGUUGGGCUUACAGCUAACCAAAAUCAUGGAAAUUCUCAAAACAACCUUCUUGGAGAAACCACAAGUUCAUCGAGACUCCAAGAGCCUAGCUCUGUAAACACCGACAGUCAAGAAGAGGAGAUGAUGUCACCAGUAUCGUCAUUACAACAAGAAGCUGUAUCAGCAAGCCCAAAUAUUUCUGAGGAUUCGAGCCAACAAUGUUUGACAAAUAAUCUUCCUGAGGAAACAUAUGAUGUGUCACCUUUAAGUAAUUUCGAUGGGAAUCCGGGUCUCAGACGAGAGAGCUUGGUAAUCCGAAUUCCCCGUAUACAUAUUCCGCGAACUGGUUUGACGGACGAUGACGACGCAGUUGUCUACAAUUCACCAGAAGAAAGAAAAUCGACGAAAAGAGCUUUAUUGCCGUCGGGCACCGAGAUUCAUAAAAAGAGAAAGACGUCACAGGAUGAGAACCACAAUUUUGCUCUACCUCUCAACUCAGAACUUACUCGAGCAACUUCCAAUGUAUUCCAAAGUUUCCCGCAGAAGUGUGAUGUAUCUCAAAUUGGCGACGAUUUGAUGGAAAUAGACACCCAACAACAGAAAGUGUCAGAACCAAAAGUGAGUUUUCAAGAAAAAAUGAACAAGGGAUUCGAAACGCCGAAUAAGAGACAGCGGGGAAGACCAAGGAAAUCAGCAAAUUGGGAGAAAUUUGAAAACGAGAAGAAAAAAAUAAAAAUUGAAUACGAUGACGAAGAUUACACUGAAGCAGAUUCUACAAAAAAUGAUUGCCAACACUUCAACAAAAAUUGCCUUGGAGAGGUCAAUAACGCACAAUGGGUUCGAUGUGAUUUGUGCGGAAAAUGGUGGCAUGUUUUUUGCCUUCGGUUGGAUAAUCAGAAAUGGACAGAAGACGUAUUUUAUUGCUGCGGAGAGCAUCCAGACCAAGCUGCAAUUCAAUCAAUAUCAGGAAUGAACAAAAUGCGGCACGAAAUGAACAUGCAAAAUCGGCACAAAAGUUAG